CAUACUGUUUUAUCGUCGCUUCAUCAAUGACAUCUUCAUCAUCUGGAAGAACGUAGGACCUACCCCAAAUGAAAUGCUCAACACUAUCAACAGCCUGGACACACCAGUUCGUCUCAAAAUGACUACAAGUGACAAACAGAUUGACUUCCUAGAUGUUCGUUUAUACCAGGAAGAAGGCAGAAUAGCAUAUACGCUAUUCAGUAAACCAACAGACAGUAACACUCUCCUUCAUGCCAAAAGUCACCAUCCUAAACACCUUAUCAGUUCACUCCCACAGUCACAAUUCAUGAGGGUGAUACGUAACAACUCUAACGCAGUUAACACCCAGCACCAACUACAAACAGUGUGGAAUAAGUUCCUGUCACGAGGCUACAACCCAAGAGACUUAACAAAGGCAUUGGAUAGAUGCUAUGGAGCACCG